AUAAUCACCCUCAUAAUAAACACAUAGAAACGCUUAUCGUUUUUAUUUUUAUUUUAUUUUAUUUCCAAAAUUAGUCAAUAAAAGAUAAUCCAGAUUCAUUUGAUACAUCCAAUGGAUAGAUGUAUGGAACAAAUGUCAUCAUCAUCAUUAUCAUUAUUUCACAUUGAUAAAUGGGCCAUCAAGAUUUUUAUCGCAAUCGUUUCAUGAAUUUUUUUUUUUGGAAUGGACAAUCAUCGAUCAGCAGCUGCAUUCAUUCAUUGAUAAUGGACCAGUGAAUAGCCUGGGAUGGAACAGAGAACAAAUUGCCAUAUAGUUUAGAUAAAUUUUUUUCAAUGAAAAUACGAAGGCACUUUAAAAAAAUUGAUUUUAAACAAAUAAAUUAAAAAAAAAAUUUUUUUGAAUAUCGAUUGUUCCACAAUCGAAAGUUGUUCAUCACUAUUUCGAGUGAUUUCUCAAAUGAAGCAAAAUUUUUUCAAAUUUUUGAGUAAAAUUGGAAAGAAUUCUUCAAUCAAAAUGGUUGUUUGUAAAUUUUACAUUCAAGGUUAUUGUCGUUAUGGCCAUCAAUGUCGUUAUGAUCAUUUCAGUCCACAACGAAAUCAACCAAAACAAAAUAAUACGGGAUUUAGUUUUGUAAAAACAUUAAAUCAAAUUUCUUCGAAUUCAAAUCAAAAUAAUGCUAAUAUUUUUUCCAAUACCAAUGUUUCAUUUCAACAACCGCAAUCGUACUUUGGUCAAUCGUCUACUGGUGGUAAAUUCAGUUUCAAUCAGACAUUACAACAAAUUAACAAUGUUCAAAAUGUCAGGAUGCCUACGAAUUCUUUAUUCACAAAUGAAUUUGAAAUGAAAUCAGAUUUUCCAUCAACAUCUUCGCUUAACUUUCCGAUAAAUAAUACCUUUACAUUUGGUAAUACAGCAGCAUUGAAUUCGGCACCAUUAAACAUUGAUACCAGAAUAAGGCAAAAUGAUGUUCAUCAUUGGUAUAAAAAUAACAGCAUUGUCAGUAAUCAAUCAACCAUUCCUAAAACUAAAUCAUUUUUCGAUCAACCAAUGAACCAACAGCCAAUUGAAAUGACAUCAGAAUCGAAUUUUGAAAAAGAUUCGAAAAAUACUAUAAAAAUGGGCAAAGAAAAAAGCAGAUAUGGAAUUUAUUCCGAAUUAAAAGAUUUAGUCGAAAUGGAUCUAGCUAAUUUUAAAGCGGAUAAAUUUAUCUAUCCAAUACCGUUCGAUCCACCUCCAUUUGAAGUUUGUUUCCAGGAAUAUCGAAUCGUCCAAUGAUUAAUUGAAAUAAUGAAGAAAAAUAAUUAUUCGGAACUAGAUAUGCGCACUGGUUAUUAAGAUUAUUACUAUUAUUGAGAUUUCAUAAAUUUAAAUUUAUCAUCAUUAUAUUAAAAAUCACAAUAACAAAUACACAGUUUUUACUAUUA